AUGAACAGUAUAAUUGGAAAUAUAUUGAGUAUAAUAACAUUUUCUCAAUGUAAACUUCGUUCAUCAUCAUGUGCAUGUUAUUUACUUUUAUUAACAAUUGCUGAUACAUUAGCAUUAAUUAUUAUAUCACGUCCAUAUUUUUUUGAAAAAUUUCAUUAUGUUCAUCAUUUAAAUUCAUCAUUAGUUUGUGGUUUUCAUUUUUUUUUAACAAAAAUAUUUGAUCAAUUAAGUCCAUGGUUAUUAGUAUUUCUUGCAUGUAAUCGUUUAUUUUUAACAAAAUUUCCUCGAAGUUAUAAAACAUCAAAAACCGCUUUAUUAACAACAUUAUCAUUACUUAUAUUUUUAAUUAUUUUAAAUUUACAUUUAUUAUUUGGUAUUGGUCUUGGUUAUUCAUUAUCAUCACCAUGUUUAAGUGUUUGUGGACCAUUAUCAUCAAGUGAAAUAUAUUUAUUUUUUUAUCAACAUGUAAAUCCUAUAAUCGAUCUAAUGUUUAGUUUAAUAUUACCAUUUUGUUUUUUAUUUAUUGCAAAUAUAUUUCUUAUAUUAAAUGUAAAUGAAGUAAAACAUCGUUCACAACGUAAAAUAAGUCGUAAUUAUCGUUUAACAAUUGUUUUAUUAGUUGAUUUAAUUAAAUUUUUAAUUGUUUCUACACCUGUUUUAAUAAUUGAAAUAAUUUAUCGUUUAACACGUCAUAAUACAUUAAAAUAUGAACAAAUCUUAUCAUUAUCAUGGUUAAUUGCAAAUAAAAUAUUUUAUUUAAAUUAUUCAUUAUCAUUUUAUCUUUAUGUAUUAACAUCAUCUUAUUUUAGACAACAAUUUUUAAAUGCUAUUUAUUUACCGUAUGGUAUAUAUUCAAAAAAUCAUAGAUUAAAAAUAAGUAAACAAACUGAACAAACAUGUUUAUUAACAAAUAAUACUAUAGCAUUAAAAGAAUCGGAUAAUUGA